UUCCAUCAGGCAUCGCUUACAGAAAGUCAACAUAGAGGCCAAGGAAGAAGACAAUCUGUGUCACAAGACUACAACUGCUUUGAGUUACCUUCUUGGAUAUCAAAUUAUGCCUAUAUUCUAACUGCCUUAAAGCAUUUGGAAACUGCAACCAGACUUGUGCCAGAGAGCUGUGAACAUCUUGUGAACAGUGGAGCAACACACACCAUCUUCACCUUGAUAAGGAGCUGCAACCGAAGCGUGCCUUCAAUGGAGAUCAUCACGUUAUCAAUUGAAGUUCGUAUCAAUCUAUCAAAAUACACCAAAACCAUAGAUGCUGUUUAUGAUGCGGAGGACUCUGUGGAAACACUCUUGGCUCUGCUUCAAAUGUACAGAGAGAAAGCCGGUGUUAAUAUUGCAGACAAAGGGGGCAGCAUCUUCACCAAAGCAUGCUUCCUUUUGGUAAUUUUGGUACAGGAUGAAGAACGGGCAUUGGUGGUGAAAAAGCUCCCCAGGGCCUUACAUCGCAUUUGCAGGAUCUAUAAGUUAAUGCUUCAAAAAUGCAAAAUGGAUGCCCAGAGAACCAAAGUCAAACAAAGGAUGAAUGUCUCACUAAAUGGAAGCUUCUUUCCUCAAGCCACUCCUCAGAAGUCUAAGCCAGUACUGAGAUUUGUACCAGACUGGGUUCUUGAAAGAAAGAAGAUGAAGAAUAUUGCAGAUCCUCUUAGUGCCAUCCAAGCAUUGGUUAAAUCUCUUGCCAUUGUACCCUGAGAACACACAAUUUAUUGUACAUACUGACUAUAUUUGUUUGGUGGCUGUUGUUGUUGUUGUUGUUUUUAUUCCAAAUCUGAAAUUGUAUACAUUAGGUAAUGUUAUAUAUUGUGAGCUGUAAAGUUUUUAUAUAUUUUUUUGUUUGUUUGUUUGUUUGUUUGUUUGGUGCAUGCCUGUUUGGUCUUUUAUUUGUAAAAAAAAAAAAAAAAAAAAGGUUAAAACCUAAUGAUAAAGUAAUUCAAUGGCUCGGGCAUGGGUUGUAUGCAUAGGUGUUUUUUUUGUAUCCACACAUUGGAAUGUGUAAAAAAUUUACUGUUGAAAUGCGUCUGCAGAAAUUUUGCCGCAUAUUAUUAGACAAAUCAUUGACUCCAAAUGAUGGAAACAUUCUUGUACUUUCAUUAUAUCUCAUGGAACAAGCCAACAUUAAAGUGCAACUUUAGGCUUCUUAAUGACUGACUGCACUCUUGUUUUGUUAGUGUAAUGUAAACAAAACACGUUCAUUUCAGCAUGCUGUUUUGUCUGUGAAAUGUAAAUGUGCUUAACUGAGCUCCUGUCCUGGUUUAAGUUGUCUAAUUCAUUCAUUCUGGGAAAAAAAAAGCUUUUGGAACAGAUCACUAGCUGGAGUUGUACAUAACUGCCUUUUUCUGUAAGAUAAGAUAAAUAAUUUCAGGGGUAGGACUAUGUUCUCAGUGACUUUGAAUGUGGCAUGUUUGUAUAUGCCAGAUAGGCUGGUUGGAGGAGUAUUUCAGAAUCCGCUGAUCUCAAUGGGUUUUUUCUCGUAAUAGUCUCUAGAGUUUACACAUCGUCUGUUGAAGGAUGAGGACCAAUGUAUGGAGGACAGAAGUGAUCAAAUAUAAAUUAACAAAUUAAAAAUAAUAAAUUCACUCUCACAAUGCAGUGUAGUUGGACUUUAAACUACGUGUUUUGGAACCAUCAGAAACCCUUCUCAAGGCAGAAAUUUGAAUGACAUGGACUGCAGUCAUCACUGUUAUCUUGAGCAUUUCCAUCUAUUAAUAAUGAUUUCAGACAGUGUAAAUGUUUUUUUUUGUUUUGUUUUGUUUUUUUAAAAAUUGCGUCUUGUCUUGUACUUAGUAUACUUCUUUAAUGGCUUACUUUGGAAAAAUGCACACAAAAAAAUAGGUUGCAAUCAUUUAUCAUAUUGUUUAGGGUGAUGGUUGACUAACUGACAAUUAUGGAUCUUUGAUGCAAUGAGGGAAAUAUAUCUUCAGAUAAUGCUGGCUCAAAUUUAGCCAAUUACCCAAAAACACUUAAAAUUCAACAUAGAAGCCAAUACUCACAUCUACCUCUGAGCCCAGUUGGAGAUAGAAAAAAGACACCAGCCGUGAGUGAGAAGAAGCAAGGGUCCAGCUUUAUUGGUUCCGUUCCACCACACGAGAUCCACACCGAUGAGAAUUCUCAGAAGUGAUCUGAUACCCUGAGCUUAAGCUCCAGUAUUUAUACUGUACUUACACAGUAAAUAACCCAUAUGUUUCAAGAAGACUAUGAUCUCACUACCAAUAGGGUUAAAAAAGAGCUCAUCUACCUUACUCUUAUGUUCCAGAAAAGGGCUAUUCCACUUACACAUAGAAUCAAAACCAGGGGUUUCAAAUUACACAUAAAAUCAGAACCAAGGGAUUUCUAAUAACGCAGAAAGUCAAAACCACGGGAUUUCAAUAACCCAGAGACUGAAAACUAAGGGAUUUCAGUAACCCAGAGAAUCAAAACCAGAGGAUUUCAGUAACCCAGAGAAUCGAAACCAAGGGAUUUGAAUUACCCGUAAAAUCAAAAGUGGAGAGACAAAACAAACUAGAGUGACCUUGGUCUUACUGUUAUCUCGCGGGGGGGGGGCGCAGCCUGACUCAGCCACCCUUAUAAAUGGCUCCUCAUGGUUCUUUCUUAAAAUUAAGGCCUUCCUUGCGAGCCUGCAUUUCUAGUUUAUAAUUUAUUUUCAUAUUAGCUCUAUAUCUCUAUUUUAUAUAUAGUUAUACUGCUUGAAAACACGGUUUACUGUACUUCCUACUUCAUAAUAUCAUUAUAUUACCCUUCUACUGUCCCACAUAUCCUAUUAUUCUGUUUUUUAUAAAGAGUAUAUAUAUUAUUAUUAUAAGAUAUUUCCCUUAUAAUAUCUUAAUAUUCCUUUUUAUUAUUCUUAUAGUUAUAGUAGUAUGUGUGUGAGAGAAAGAGUGUGUGUGUGUGUGUGUUAUGUCUACUUGCCCGCCCUUGACUGUACGAGAGUGUGUGUGUGUUAGCACUCCUCAGCUCGUAUACUUCUUUUUGACUUUUUGACUAAUAAACCAUAGUGUAUUACUCUUAAAGAUCUAAGAUCUUUAAAGGGUGAAUCCAAUUCAAUAUUCAAUAUCAGUCAAUAUCCACCUCACACUGCUUCUGUGUGUCUUGGUGCCCGUCUUUUCUUCUUCUCCCCUUUGCUGGAUGCUAGGUCUCCCUUAUGUUUAUUUUAUGACAUUUUUUAUCCACAACAAUAGAAAACAUUAACCCUGUGA